AUGAACGGCAAUGAUGGCUUCGGUGUGUUGUCCAUUUUGGCACUCUUCGUCGAAGUCUGGACGAGCUUAGAACAUAGCGUUAGGAACAUGUCUUCUUACUUUGUUUUGGAAUACAGUACUAUACCGGUCAAGGUAUUUGAUAUGCAACACACUGUAAAAUCGAGGACGUCUCUGAAAUGGCCGGUCUGGGCCAAAGUACGGGCCAACUUGAAAGUUUCAAGUCUGAGAGUCAUCGGGAUCCCCAUGUGGAACUCUGGCUCGUACUUUGGUCCAGACGUUGUCCCAGACUGGCGAUAUUCUGGUAAAAAUUUCAAUAACUCCGAUGUAACUGGGCGAAAGCAGGAAGUGAUAAGAGGACCCCCGGAGGUCACACUCUGGCAUGCCCGUCAGGUUUCGAGGCGUGGAGGCAGCGCCAAGCUUCGUGCACGUACGGUUAGGCCUGGCGCAUCAUGGUGGGAGGUUGGAGGUUACUCAAUGUCGGGUGCUGUGCCGCCAAGUUUAAAUUCUGCUCAGCUACCUUUGACAAUAGUCGAAGACUUAAUUGUACUACACAUCGAGUCUUGA